AUGGUGGCUAAAAGGAAGACGAACGAACUGUUUCGGCGACUUCAGCCACAUUCAUUGCUGCUACCCAAAGCACCUCCAGCUCCUACAGUCGCUGUCGCAGCGGCGAUGGGCAGCAUACGCCAUACUUCGACGACGGCGGCAUGGCGCUUCAAGCCGGAAGCAGGGAGAUUUCGAUACGGACUGAGCUUGCAGUACACAAACUCGGAUCCAGAACUGACACUUUCAUCCUUGGACGACCUAAGCGUGAUAGUGUUUUCCACUGCGAUGCACACGCCUCGUCGGCUCCCGAUUGCUAGUGAUGGGCCUUUGACCACUAAUGCCUGGACACUUGUAGCGGAGACGGAUCGCCGAGUUGGGUUAGCACUUUAUCAACUCCCACUUGGUGAUUGGCGUGCGAGCUCCCUCAUUGCGCUCGUAUGGACCCAACAAUGUGAAGUGGCCAAGUUCUUCUUGCAGCUGAAUAUUGUGGAGCUGCUGUACUCAGCCCCACCACGUGCUCUGCAAGUCCGUAGAGAGGAUGAUUUGGACCGUACGCACGGGUUGCACUCUUAUACAGCGGCAAUAAGUUUGCGCUCACUGGAUGAGCUCUAUUGGGAGCGUGAAGUGUACCAAGUCGAGUUUCCCAUGCCGGAGAAUGGAGCACGGAGCGUGAGCGUCCAGUUGCUAGACAACAUUCAUGGGGGCACUGUCGCCACGCGAGACCGAGUUCUCACCUCCGAGACCGAGCCAGUAUUUAGACUGGAGACGGAAGCCGUGAAAUACGCGAUGAAUAACUACUUAGUGAUGGAUUUCACGCUCUGGGACGCUGACUGCGUACCUGUGUGGGCAUUCAGUCGUGUUUUAGAGCUGAAAUCAGCAUCACAACAGCAACUGGACGAAGACGAUAGUAGUAUUGACUUAUCUGUUAGCUCUCUGGGUGGGACGACAAGGCAAAUGCAGAUGCAAUUUCAAGAUGAAGCCCGUGGCAAUUGCCUCGUCGUUAACUUGACAGAGCUUUCGACUUCUUCAUCAACGCAACAGUCCGCGAAAAAGGCAAAAGUCUGGGUAGACCAAGUCGCUUUGACACUUAGCAUCAAGUUCAUCAACGCCACAUACGGCACGAAAUACUAG